AUGGCAGAAACAAUGUUUAUUGAGAAAACUCUUGUUUUUCCGGCAAUAAGAAGAACAACAAGAACUUGCCUUCCUCUCACAUUUCUUGACUUGCCUUUUGCAGGUCCAAAAUAUGUUGAACGCCAAUUCUUUUAUAACUUUCCUCAUUCAACCAAUUAUUUUAUCCAAACAACACUUCCAUCUCUCAAACACUCUCUUUCUCUUACACUUCAAUAUUUCUUCCCCCUUGUUGGAAAUCUCCAUUGUUCUCCACCACCCCACAAACCUUUUAUUCUUUGCACCCAAAAUGAUGCUUUAUCUUUUACCGUCAUUGAGUCCUCAGUUGAUUUCAACAAUCUCUCAACCAAUCACCACCCAAAAAGGCUCAAAGAUUUUAGUCAUCUUGUUCCAAAAUUAACACAAAAAAUAGACCUUGAUGACAAUGACACAUUAAUAUUUUCAUUAUUGGCUUUGCAAGUAUCUGUUUUCCCCAACCAUGGUCUUUGUAUUGCCAUCACAUAUUGCCAUGUGAUGGAUGAUUAUUUUUGCAAUUAUUUUAUGAAAUUUUGGUCUUUUAUCCAUAAAAAAGGUGAACUUGUUGACAUGAAGUCACUACCUUGUUUUGACAGACAAGUCUUGAGAGAUCCAAAAGGGCUAGAGGAUAUUCUAUUAAAAGGAUAUUUUGAACAGUGGAAAAUGUGGAAGAAUAGAUUCCUCAUUCAAAGUCAAACUACAGAAGAAGAACAUCAAGACUAUGUUAAGACAACUAUUGUUUUUACAAAAGAAGAAAUUGAGGAGAUGAAAAUAUGGAUACUUAAUAAGUGGAAGGCCGAUUAUCAUGAUAUUAAAGCACCAAAAUUUAUAUCUAAAUUUGUUAUAAUAUGUGGUUUUGUUUGGUCCAAUAUAGUUAAAACAAUAAAUAGAAAUAACGACGAUAAAGAAGAUGAAAAAGAUGAGUAUUUUUGUUUCGUAGGUGAUUGCAGAGAAAGACUAGGGUAUCCAAUACCAGAGGGUUAUUUCGGGAAUUGUUUAACUUUAUGUGUUGCAACUGUGAAGAGAAAGGAUAUAAAAGGAGAAUAUGGUUUUUUGAAUGCUGCUAAAGCCAUUCAAAAUGCAAUAACAGAGAUGAAAAAUGAUCCAUUGAAAAAUGCAGAAGAAUGGGAUGUUAUGUUUAAAAAGGUUUUUAUGUCUGGAGCUCAUUUGUUGGUAAGUGGAUCUCCUAAGUUUAAUGUUUAUGAAACAAAUUUUGGAUUUGGAAAUCCUAGUAAAGUUGAGAUGAUGAUGAAUUCAACAAAGGAUAUGUCUCUUGCUGAAAGUAGAGACAAAAAAGGGGGACUUGAGGUUGGGUUGGCAUUUAAAACAGAAGAAUUACAAGAUUUAUAUUUUUUCAUUGAACAAGGACUUGAAGCUUUGAAAUUCUAA